CCGGCGCCCUCUGACGGCGGGGGAGCAAGGUAUAGCGAGAAACUUAGCUAUUACUGUAGCAGGGUCAUGAAGAAGAGGCGGCGGCGGGACGACGCAGGUGGUGGUGGCGGGGGCGUGAAACUGCGGUAGCUGCCGGCUGGGCUGGUGGUGUGGGCUUUGUGGAAAGGGCGUAGUUCCUAAACCCCUCUCCAGGCAGCGGCCGGGGCUCGGGGCUGAAAGCGGCCGUGGGGCCGCCUCCCCGGGCCCCCUGGCUCCGCCAUGUUCCGCAGGGCACGCCUAAGCGUGAAGCCGAAUGUCAGGCCUGGAGCUGGCGCCAGAGGCUCCACCGCCUCCAAUCCCCAGCGUGAACAGGAGGCUCCCAGGCCGCCAGAGCCUACAGCGGCCUCUGCCCCGAAGCCAGCGGAGUCCUCAGAUGUGCCCCCAGUGGGUUUCGGGGAAGCGGAGCCCCAAGAAAAGACUCCCAAGAGCAGUGAUGAAAAGACUGAUGGUGGAAAUGAUGUUGAAGAAUCCAGUAAAUCUUCCUCUACUGUCUCACAGAGAAGAAAGCGAGUAUCAAGUACUUCUAGUUUGGUUAAGCCUGGUAUCAGUGUUCCUUCAGAACCUCAUCCUUUAUCUACAGUUAAUCAAGAAGCUCCACAGCCAAACCCUGUUCCAACAAAAGAGAAACAGCCAUGCUCAGACAGAUACCGAAUAUAUAAAGCCCAGAAACUGAGAGAAAUGUUAAAAGAAGAAUUGAGAAAAGAGAAGAAGCAGUGGAAAAACAAAUACGCCAUAAAUGAAAGUCAGGGGCCACCAGAUCGUUCAAAAAUGACUAUGAGAGACUUCAUAUAUUACUUGCCAGAUAACAAUCCAAUGACUUCUUCACUGGAGCAAGAAAAGAAAACUGAAAAAUCAUUGACACCAGUCCAGACCAGAGAGCAGGAAGGUAAGAGUACUCCUGAUGGUGAAGAUAAUGUCGAAGUAGAAGAAGAGAUGGAUGAUGGGCCGUUGCUGGUUCCUCGAGUAAAAGUGGCAGAAGAUGGUUCAAUUAUUUUGGAUGAAGAAAGUUUAACUGUAGAAGUUUUAAGGACAAAAGGCCCCUGUGUUGUUGAGGAAAAUGACCCCAUAUUUGAGCGUGGUUCUACAACUACAUAUUCCAGUUUUAGGAAAAAUUACUACUCUAAACCGUGGUCAAAUAAAGAAACAGAUAUGUUUUUUUUAGCCAUCAGCAUGGUGGGAACUGACUUUUCUAUGAUCGGACAACUUUUUCCUCAUAGAGCCAGGAUAGAAAUUAAGAAUAAAUUUAAACGAGAGGAGAAAACAAAUGGAUGGAGAAUAGACAAAGCAUUCCAGGAAAAGCGCCCUUUUGACUUCGAUUUUUUUGCUCAUUUGCUUCAGAAAGUUCUUGCUGAAGAAGAGAAAAGAAAACAAAAAUCUGUUAAAAAUCAGAGUUUAAAGGAGAAAAAGUCCUCUAAAUCACGGAAAAAUGUAAAAGUGAAAAAAGUUGCCAGUGAAAGAGUGAACAAUGAUCCGGAUGAGUCUGUGAGCACUAAAGUUUCAGACACAGGAGGAUCUCAAAAGGAUACUCAGACAGUUGAAGAAGAACAACAGUCUCUGACUUUAUCAGGACAGAAUUCAGAACAGAUGACAUUAGAACAAGACCUAAAUCAAAAGAAAAAGAGGAGAAAGAAUCAGGAUGAAGGUGGUAAACAAGUAAAACAUCUUUCAGGAAAUGCCACUAUUCAGCCAGGCUCUUCUAAAGGAGAAAAACACAAAAAUAAAUGCCUAUCUUUAAGUCCUGAGAUAAAUGAAGAUGAAGGCAAUAAGGAGCAGACACUUCCGUCUGUACAGAACAUAGACGACAUUGUGGGUUUAUCCUCCAGUGAAAAUGUUGAGAAAAGAAUUGACCCUAUUCUUUCAUCAAGUAGCCAACAAGAUGCUUUAUCAAUAGCAACUGAGACUUCAGAAUCAAGUACUUCAGAUUUGCCUUCCUCAGAAGUUGGCAUGAGAGCACUGUGUAAGGUGAAUAAUGCUGAGGACAGUUACACAGAAGAAAGAAAUGUUGACCUAAAAAAUAAAUCACUGGAAACUGAUCAAACAGAAAAUAUUAAACCAAUGACGAGAGGACGAUUACAGAGACCUAAACCCAAUUUAUCAAGGGCAGUUGGGAAGAAAUCAGUUCUUUCACAAGGUAAAACAGAUGCAGAGAGCAAGAGUUUGCAUCUAGAAACUUCAGUUGAAAAGAAUCACAUGGAAAAGGAUAAAAUGAAUACAUUUGAUAUUCCUGGAAUGGAGAAUUCAGAGAGAGAGAACCCAGAAGCUGACACUGUAUCUAAUUUGAGUGAAAAAAUUUGUCUUCAGGAAGAUAAUCAGCCAAAGGCUUUCAGACCUUCACGACUAAUGAGGGGCUUAUUGCAAAGGCCCAAACCGAAUGUGGGUAAAGCUGCUGAAAGAAAAGAAGUUCUUACGUCACGGGAAAUAACUGAGGCCAGUGUAGAGAAGAAUGAAACUGAAUCCUGUAUUGACAGAGAUACUCCUGAACAGAUAGAUCAGUCAUGUGAAAAGUUUGAGUGUGAAGACAUCACAUCACAAUCUGAAGAAAAGGAUACUUCUUUUCAAAAUGUGCAAUCAGAUGAGCCCACGGCUCUUAAUGAAUGUCUAAGUGUUGAAGAAGAUAGUAAAGCAAAUAAACAAGUCCCAAUUCUAAAGACUCGAUUUCAGAAACCGAAGCCAAAUAUAGGAAGAGCUGGAAGAAGAGAAAUUUUCUCAAAGGAAGAGUUACCAGGGGAAAUUCUUGCUCCUAAGGAGAUGACAGCAGCUUUGCGAGAAACUGUAAGACUAGAAACCUCACCAAGGGAGAAGGUUCCUGAGGAGACUAAUACUACUCAAGAAAUGGAGUCAGACUUAAAAGAAACCAUAAGAAAAGCCAUCUCUCCCAGGGAGAAAAUAUCAGAAAUGAAUGAUAUCACUGUGGAAAUGGAGACAGAUUUAAAAGAAACAGGAAGAGAGAUUUUCCUAAGGGAGGAGGUACCAGAGGUGACUGAUGCCACUGAGGAAAGAGAGGCAGAUUUGGAAGAGACUGAAAGAAGGGAAAUACCCCUACAGGAAAAUGCUGCAGAGGAGGUCAGUGCUAUAGGUGACAUGGAGACAGGUUUGAAAGAAACUGAAAAAGAAAUUUCUGCAAGGGAGAACACACUGGAGAUGAUUGGUGCUGCGGAGGAAAUGGAGACAGAUUUGGAAGAAACUGAAAGAAGAGAAGUAUCUACACAAGCAAAGGCCUCAGUGGUCAAAACUAUAGGUGAUGAAAUGGAAAUAGAUUUGAAAGAAACUGGGGUAGAAAUUUUCCCAAGGGAAAAGGUACAAGUGGGGAUCUGUGCCACAGGGGAAAGGAAGACUGAUUUGGAAGAACCUGGAAAUAGAGACAUUUCUCUAAUGGAAGAAGUAUCAGAAAAGAUACCUGCCAUUGAGAAAGCAGAAGCAAAUUUGAAAGAAACUGAAAUAGAAAAUUCCUUAAGGAAAAGCAGAGCAGAAGAGAUCAGUGCUACUGAGGAAAAGGUGACAGAUUUGGAAAAAACUGGAAUAGACAUUUCUCUAAGGAAAAGUGAAUCAGAGGAGACUGGGACCUCAAGACAAACUGAGACAUGUUCAUUGCAGAGCCAUAGCGGUGACUGCAGUGCUGUGCCUUCACUAAAUACUAAAGACAUUAGCAGUGAAAUACUGUCCGUGGUGCAUACAUUUGUAGAAGAGAAGAAAAAUUCUGAAAAGGAAGUACAAAGUCAGCUGAGUCAUUUGGAGACUUCUUCGCAGGCUUCUGAUCUUGGUAAAAUAGAAGAACAGAGGAUGCAAAGUCCAGAUGUUCCAGAGCAGUUUUCAGAUAUUAAUUUAAGCAAAUCUCUUCCUCAAGAACAGAAGCCAUUUGAAGUUAAACCAGGACCAUUUGUGAGAAGUAGAUUCAAAAGACCAAAACCAAACUUAGCAAGAGCAGCUUCAAAGAGAGAGACUACAGAAGCAGAAAAAUAUGCACCUGGGAAGAAAGUUGAAGCUGAUAAAACAGAGACUGUUGUGAUACAGCAGAAAAGUGAACAAACGCAUAUUCUCCCUUCUCAACAUGAUGUGGCUUCCCUAAUGACAUCAAGAGAAAGUGACGAAUCAGUUUGCAGGCAGGAGGAAGCUGUGAUACUACCAUGUCUACAGACUGAAAAGGACUUUUCACCUUCAAGUUCUUGUGAACGUAAAGAGGAAUCUCAGUCUACACACGCCCAGGAAAAGAAAUUAGUUAUCUCCAUGGGGACUCAGAAUAAAAACACUUUCCAACAAGAAAUGAAGGAAAGUGUUAUCCAAACUGCUCGACCAGUAAGGGGCCGACUUCAGAGACCAAGACCAAACUUAAGAAAGGUUGGACAGAAGCAAAUAAUAGAAAAAUGUGAAGCCAAAGACACAAUUAAAGAAGAAAGAACAUUACAAAAAGAUGAAACUAAAAAGAAAUUUCUAACUCUGCCAAAUUCUCAAAUUGCAACUGAAAUUGAAAUUUUAUCCUCCGAAGUUUCAGAAGGCAGAAUGUAUGAAAACCAGAGUCACGUGGUUCCUUUAGAAAACCUUCCUGUUGACAGAAUAAAAGUUUUAGAUGAAAAGAUGAGACAUGAACAUAAAACAUGUGUUCCUAGUCCACCACAAAUGAUAAGAAGGCAAUUCCAAAAGGCUAAGCCAAAUUUGGGAAGAGCACAUGGUAAGAAAGAGGAACCAGGCAUAGAAAAAGACAGAGAAGAUCAGAUUCAGGCAAGAAAGCCAGAAGAUAAUUUGCUGCAGCAUAGAGAAUCUGACACACAUCUCCUUCAAAAAGAAAAGGCUGAAUUUCUGACAUCUCUGGAGGUUUCAGCAAGAAAAGAUUGUGUAGGUUCCAAGGAGACUGGUUUGGCAAAAAAAGAUGCUCAAUCAGAAGUUGGACCAUCAGGAAGUGUUGCAAAAAAAACUGUAGGGGAUAAUUCUGUGUGUUCAGUUGUUGAAGAGCAGUGUUUCAGUAAACCAACAAGCUGUCCACAGCAGUUCAAAGAAUCAAAUUACUCUAAAAUUGCUUCAAAUCGAAGAACAGCUCUCUCUUCUGCCUCUGAAUGUGAGAUAGAGCGUAGUGAAAGGAGAGUGCGUCGAAAAAUGAAACCAAAUGUCCCCAAAGGGCGUGGGUCAAAACGAAUUUGGAGUAAGACCUCUAAGAAGGAACCUAGAGCUUCCAAGGCUGUGCUGGUGACUCUUCGGGCUUCCCAGGAAGAAGACGAAGAUGAUGCUGAAGACUUUGAGUCUGACUAUGAAGAAGAAAACUAUCAUCUUGCUCCAGAAGAAUUAAACAAAGCUCCAGUGUUUGUUCCUGUUGGUCUCAGAUCUCCUGAACCUGUUUCUGCUCAAAUUGAGGAAACCAUGGAAGAGCUUGAAAUAACCGUGAAUGUCCCAGAUGUAGCAUGCAUAGCUGUUGUUGAACAUCAGCUUUCAAACACAGAUGUGACUACUCAGGAAAUGAAACAAGAAGAAAAUGUGAAUGCAUUAUCAGUUGAUAUGACCACAGGUGAACAUAUCCAAGAUGAAACAGGUACCAAUGAUGGAAGCACCGAAGCUGCCAUAACUUUACUGACAAUGGGAGAUCUGGUGUUGCAGUCAGAGAUAAAUACAGAACAGAGUCAUGUAGGAGUAUGUGUACUUCCUGAUAUUCAUUCAGAGGAUCAAAGUCAUAUUCCUUUUAGCCCAGAUAAUAUAAACUACAAAACUGUUCAGGAAUGUCAGGAACCUUCUUCACCUGUCCAUAGUACAUCUCCAUCAUUAGAAGAAAACAAGAUUGUAUUGGAGGAACAAAGUACUAAAGAAGAAGUUGGUUUAAUGGAGGAAGUAAAGGAGAAUGCUGUGUCAUCCAGGACUACAACUUCUGAAGUGACUGAUAAUUUGAGAACGAGUAUAUUUGCCAAGCCUAAGCCAAAUAUGAAGAAGAUUUUUGAGACCAGCAGUUUUGGUACUCAUCAGGAGUUUCCUAGUUUGUUUAUAGCCAAAGGAGAAGAAGUGGAAAUUCAAAGAGAAACUGAGAAAAAUGCUUCUAAAGGAACUGAAUUAGAAGAUAAAAACCUUGAAUCAGUUACAACAGCGGAGAGUAAGGAGCAGAGCAAAUUGGCAUGUGUACAUAGUAUUGAAGAAAUCAGUAUUUCACAAGAAGCAAGCCUAACUGAAAGAAAUAAAGGUCAAGAAGAGGAAUCUGGAGAGGUUCAGAUAUCGUCUGUUGCUCCAGUUGUUUCUUCUGAGACAGCGCCCCACAUGCUUGGUUCGGGUACAGGUCCUGGUGAGAGUUCUAUUGAAGAGCCCCUGAGAAAGGACUAUAAUGGAGACAGUGUGCUUAUGCUUCAUGUGCCAGAGUGUACACCAACUAGUAUUCCAGAAGUCCAACAAAAGAAUGUAAAUAAUCCUCAAGACCUAACAGUGAAUCUAGUUGCUAACGUAAAUCAAGAUGGUGAGGAUGAACAAGCAUUCAUUUUAACUCUGGUGGAAAUCCCAACCAAUGCAGUGGAAGAAUUUGCUGAUACCACUACGCAGUUAAUGCCAAACCCUUUACUGCCAGCACCCAUAUUGGUCAAAUCAGUGAAUACAGAGGAAAAGGAGGACAUGAGUGUGAGUUUUCCGGUAACUUCAGUUGGUCAGAAUGCCGUUUGUUUAUCUAAUUCCGAAAGAGAUGAUUCUGAAAAGCCUGUUAAUUUGGACCUUGUAUCUAGGAAGAGAUUGUAUAGUAGACUUGGUGAAAGUGACCAUGUUCCUCCUGCCAAAAAAAGUUUGCUCAGUUCAAGAGACGAUCGUCAGAAAUACACCUCUGAGAUGUGUUCAAAGGAAUCAAUAAAUGUUCUGGAAGAAGCAGGGGAGGCUUGCAAGGGACAAGAUAACUUCCCUACCUCUGGAAGUACACACGUAACUCCAGAACCUCAGAAAGAGCAACUUGAACCAACUUUUCAGAGUACUGGAUCUAGAGCUUUUGAUAAAAUAACAGAUACACAAGAAAAGAAUACAUCUCAGUUACCUCAGGAUGAGAGAAUUGUGUCUGAUAAAAAAGAAAGAACUUGUGCUGCUUCUAAGUCUGAGCAAAUGAAUAACAUUACAUCGUCUUCCAAAACCCCACUAUCCAGACCUGGCAGAAGACCCCUCGGAUUUUUGUCUUUAAUAUGUUCAAAGAAUAGUUUGGAGUCUGAUGAACCUACUCAGGUUCAUAGUAAAAAACGCCUAAAACCUCUUAUACCUGUAUCAAGACAGAAUUUGAAAAGAUCUAAUCCACUCAAUGAAAGCCAGAAAAAAACUCAAGAAUCCUCUGAUCUGCUUCCAUCUCCAAGUGUUGUUAAUACUCAAUCUAUGAAUAUUGAUAGUACAGCAACUCAGGUUUCUUGUAAUAGUCCCUUACCGAAAGAAGAAUGUAAAAGUAGCCAAAACCGGAUACCUGAAGAGGAGCCAACCACAGUCUCUGAAUAUUUCUUUAGUGAUAUCUUUAUUGAAGUGGAUGAAACAGAAUGAAAGUCUUUUUUUUUUCCCCCCCUUUUUUUUAAGUCUAGGAUUUCCAGAAUCAACAAAGCAGUAUUUAGAAAAAAGCAUCACUGGCUGUUUAUCUUUAGGUUGUUUUUGAUAUUUAAUGGGCUUGAUUUGAAGCUUUUAUAAUCAGUGAAAGACAUUGCUGAGGUUCCUUUCAUUCUGAUUAAUUCAGCAUUUUGGAAGUACCAAGCAAUUAAGACUGCUUUCCCAGACAGAAAUAACAACUCUUGUUUACAUGUUGACUCUUCUUGUGCUGAACAUACAUGGACAUCUUGAAAUGUCAUGGAUAAACGUCUCUGUAUAAAUCACAGUACCGAUGUAUUUGGAGGUGGAUUGUAUUUAACAUUUGGUGGGCUUCUUUUGUGAAGGUUUUUUUCCUCUUUGUUUAGGGUUUUUUGUUUUGGGUUUUUGUUUUUGUUUUUUUGUUUUUUGGGUUUGUUCUGGAUGGUGAAAGCCUUUUCAGUUGCCUCUAAGUAUAUGAAAGCAAAUUGUGAAACUCACUUUAGUAUGGUAAAUGUUAAAAGCUUUUCUAUUAUCAGCUAUUUGACCGAAAAAUGUGUAUUUUUCUAAUUCAUGUUGAUGUAACAUUAGUCCUAAUUGAAGAACUAGUAUUUAAACUUAAACUUAUUAUUUAUAAAGAUAAAACAUCAAAAAGCUUAUUUAUUUUUAAAUUUUUUAUUUUAAAGAAUAUUCAUUUUUAUUUUUACCCCUCAGAUUAUGGGUAAAGAAGGCAUUAAUAAAUUUGUUUGUCUCCUUUCCCUCUUUAAUUUUUAAGAUAUUUAAAGUGAUAUAACAAAAAGUGUUUGGAUAGUGUAUAUGUUUUGAAUACAUUUUUUCCUUGUAGUUUAGCAUAUUGACUUUGUACUGUGAAUUUUGUUUUUCUUAUUUCUUGGACAAUCUCAGGAUUUGUAUGGGAAAAAAAACCCUUGACUUUAUGAGGCGAAUUUCCAUACAAAACUCAAUCUCUUUUACACACACAUACACUCAAACACACACAUUCCUUUUUUAAAAAACAAUUUCUUGGUAGUUUUUUUCCCCAUUAAAUUCUGCUUAAGGAACACCUAGGCCUUUUUGCAUUGAACAUAAUUGUGAUGUUAAAAACAGAAAAAAAGAUAACAGUAAGACUUUAUUAAGUCAGUGAAUAUCAUCAGUAUGAAUUUAAGGGUUGGUUUUAAUUUUAAGAUUUUGUGAUUACUUAGGUAAUUCUGUUAUCUACCCAUUUGGUGGUUUAAAUUAAACUUCUCUAAGAGCAGAUUUAUCCUCUUAUUUAAAAAGCUUCCUGGGUUGAUAAUACAUUGGAUCAGGAGUCAGAAACAUUUUCUGCAAAAUAUUUUCAAGUUUAUAGGCCAGAUGCCCUCUGUGGCAACUACUCAACUCUGCCAUUUCAGUAUGAAAAUGGCUACAGAUAAUAUGAUGCACAUGGAUGGAUUGGGUUUUUAGUUUGACCUCUACAUUAGACGGUUUUCUUACCUUAAGGUGCUGGUGUCAUUACCUAUGAGAUAUUUGUACUGAAGUUGUGAGUUGUGCCUAACAGUUAAAAACCAUGUUGAUUGCAUUAUGAAAUCAGUAUUUCAAUUGGGAAACUAUUUUAGUGUUUAGAUAAUUAUGUUUGUAAAUUGAAAAAAAUGGUCAGUUUUCAGGUUCAUUAGUAAAACAGGAUAUGGUUUGGCAAGUAUAACAGUAAUUCUAAUUUAUUAAAACAAUUGAUAUUAGAGCAUUUCUUAUUCAUUGCUUUAUAGUGAAAUUUAUAGUUUAACUUUUUUUGUCAUAAAGGAGGAUCUAUAAAUCUGAGUGGAAAUUCUCUAUAGGUGUGCAUUUAUUUAUUUCAUGUGAUUAACAUGUCACAAGAAUCAUGGAAUAAAUUAUUCAUUGCUAUUUUAAUGCCCUGUUUUUAUAAAUUUUAAAAAUUUCUGAGAAGCUUCUCUCAGUUAAUGUUAGUUUGGGUGUUAAGUUGUCACAAUUAAACUAUUUUAUUCCCUGUAUUAUAUUACUUAUUAACUCUGUUAAUAUCUGUCUCUUGUUCAUCCACAAUGAGUUAACUUUAUGGAAGAUGUUACUUACUGUAAAAAGGAUAGUUUUAUCUUUGGACAUUCAUUGUAUUAGAGAAUCAAGUCAGAUAGCUCGGUUAUUCUACUAUUACAUCCUUACAACUACUCUUGGAAAAAGAAACUUAAUCAGUGUAUUUUCCUUACAAGAUGGACUUGUUCACACUUGUGUUUAAUUGAAUUCAUGUAAAGAUGAUGUUGUGAAGAAUUAGUAUUUUAUAAAUCUUAAAGAAGAUAUAAUUAAAGGCCUUUAUUACUUUUUUUUUGACUUUUCCUCCUGAACAGUUACAUUUUAGCAAGUGAUCAACAUUAUGGUUUGUUUAAAAGCCUAAUUGUUGGUAAAUGGUUGAGGCACAGAUGAAAAUAUGAAUAUCCACUGUUUACCACCAUGUUCUUUGAAAUAGGAUGACCAUGUAUACUGUCUUGCUUGAAGAAGUCUUUGACAAAAAAGCAAUAUCUGUCAUUGUAAAUUUUCUUGUUCUAAAGAAAACAGUUACGUUCUAUAGAUAUAUAUUAUGUAAAUAAAAGUUAUUUUAUAUUUUU